AUGGUCUCUGAACGAAGGUUUUCUCAACAAUCAUCUCAGUCAAGUACUUCAUCGAUAGUUAGGAGAAUGAGUACUCUCAAUAUAGGAGUAAUCCAAGAAGAUGAAGAAAUGGGUGAUGCAGAUGAUGAUGCGGAUGGAUCGGUAGAUACUCCAAUUGAAAACUCUCCCAAUCUUAAAUGGCUCACCAGUAUUUAUCUACCAAGUGUUAAAAUUUUGAGAAGAAAUAACGUUAAUGUUGCAGAAUCCCAAUAUCGCCAAGAGGUUCAAGACGCUAUAACCACUUGUGGCGAGAAAAGUGGUGGAUAUAACAACAUAGGCCUAUGUUGCUGUCUGUAUCUGGGUGUGCGUGAUAUUGUAUUAGCGUUCGGUAUGAGCUAUGCCUUGUGUACCUCGUCGCUGGCCGAGCAACGUCGGACAUUUUAUAAGGAAGUUUGGACCAAAGAAAAGGAGAAGCGUCAAACUCUAGAACAAGAACGUAAUGUCAAUAUAAUUCAAGAAAAUAUCGAAUUUAUAUUAGGCAGAUGUAGAGCUAAGAUAGAAAAUGAAGCUCCUAUAGCAUCCGGCGUUAUUGAUCUUUCGGGUAGUGAAGAUCCAUUUACAAAUUUAUUAUCAUCGAGGACAAAGCAGAUUUUGAUGCAUCACACAUUCCAUAACGAUGAUUUCCCGGGAGAAAUAAAUAUGAUGAUGGAUGAUUUCGUAAGCACAUAUAGAGAUUUGGGACCCGAUUUUGAUCCAGCAUUCAUGGUACCAAUCGCUUUCCCACGUGGAGAGAUGACCAUUGAAACCAGACGUAUACUGAUGACGGUUUUUGACUUAUUAGAAGGAUUACCGUUGUUGACAGAAGAUGAAUAUAGUGAGAAUGCUUAUGUGAUCCAUGCAGUAUCAAAGACGAGUAAAUCAUCACAAUCUAGGAUGGAAGCUACGAAUUCGGGGAAGAAGCCGGAUCUGCAGGUUUUGCUAAAGCUUGAUAUGGUAGAAAGUGAACUCGUACUUGCUGAAGUUUCACGAUUACUCCCUCAACAAAGUAAAGAAACUAUAGACUGGAAGAAAUUGGUACGUAUUUGCAAAGAUUGUUUUGAUGAGCGAUAUAAUUUUUUCUUUGAUGGGAGAGACGAUACCACCGACACGGCUAGAUUGUUAAAUAUCGAGCUAGGGAAAGUUCCCGUUUUAGGUAUCCAAUUGGUUAUACCAUUACGUAUUUCCUCUCGCCAGAUCGUUGAAGAAUUUUUAAAGAAUGCUCUUAAAUUGAGAUCCGUGGUUGAAAAAAUUAUCACAAUGGCGGUGGGUGUGAAAGAUGAAAUUAAUCUUUUGCCAGUAAUCGAAGAUCGGACACCAUCAUCAUCAAUGAUGUCGGCCAUAUAUUCUCCACCAAGAAGUUAUUAG